AUGGAAGAUCAAGCUGGAAGCAAAAUGCGAAUAUUACAUCAGCAGGAUCUUUGUAACAAGCUCAUACCGCAAUCAACGCCAGCAAGUAAAGUCGGAUUGAAAGACCAGGAAAGCACCGCACAAGUUGUCCCCACCAUAGAAGUCCCAAGACACAACAUCUCUGUGCUGAGCAACGCCGACACCGCUUCUAUGGCACCCAGCUCAUGGUCACAGCGAGCAUUCAUGCAAACUUUUACUAUUGCCGUUAUUGACAGUCCAGUGGCGUGCGUCGGCGUUGAUCUUUCCUCCAAGGCAUGUCUUCCCUUGCCGAAGCUUGUCAGCGACAUUUCUGGGAUAGUCUACCACGAUCAACACCAGCAAAUACGCUCUUUAUAUCAAAGAAGGUUGAGAGAUGGUAGUAAUGUUCCAUCUUGCUUUGCUGAUCGCCCGUCCACAACUAUCAUUCAGGGUGUUAUUCUCAUCAUGACCAACACGACGUUGGUGUUGACUUCGUUAAGAUUCUGA